AUGUCGAGCCCUGGAAGCAAGGACGGGAUCCCUGUGAACUUGCUGACGAUUGGAAUCCCUAAAGAGUCCAAGGAGGCCGAAAGGAGGGUGGCAGCUACUCCGAGCACUGUUGCGAUGCUUACAAAGGAAGGGUAUCAGGUGUUCGUCGAACAAGGCGCGGGAGAAGCUGCAGACUUCACAGAUGCAGCCUAUCAGGCGUCCGGCGCCGUGAUCAAGGGCAUGAAGGACAUUUGGAGCUGCGACAUCGUUCUCAAAGUGAACGUCCCUACCAAAGAUGAAGUAGAUCUUUCCAAGGAAGGCUCGCAUCUCGUCUCCUUCAUCUCUCCGGGUCAAAACAAGCCCAUAGUAGACGAGCUUGCUAGGAAGAAGAUGACAGUAUUCGCCAUCGACUGCCUGCCAAGAACCUUGUCAAGGGCACAGACGUUCGAUGCUCUCAGCUCCAUGGCAAACGUCGCGGGGUACCGAGCUGUCAUCGAGGCUGCCAACGCUUUCGGUCGCUUCUUUGCUGGUCAGUUCACAGCCGCAGGGAGGAUUCCCCCGGCCAAGGUACUCGUGAUCGGAGCCGGAGUUGCAGGCCUUGCUGCGAUCCAGCAGGCCAAGGGAAUGGGUGCUAUCGUCAGAGCCUUUGAUGUCCGCUCGUCCGUGAAGGAGCAGAUUCAAUCUGUGGGAGCAGAAUUCCUCGAGGUUGAGCUGGAAGAGGAGGGAGAAGGAAAAGGCGGGUACGCAAAGGAGAUGAGCAAAGAGUUUAUCGAGGCUGAAAUGGCACUUUUUGCCCGUCAGUGCAAGGAUGUUGACAUUGUGAUCACCACAGCACUCAUUCCCGGAAAGCCUGCUCCACGUCUAAUCACCCGUGAAAUGAUUGAGUCGAUGAAGCCAGGAUCCGUGGUGGUAGAUCUUGCAGCAGAAGCAGGGGGGAAUAUUGAGACUACCAAGCCAGGAGAGAAGUACGUCUACAAAGGCGUAACUCACAUUGGGUACUCUGACUUGCCGUCUCGCCUGCCAACUCAGGCAUCUGAGCUCUACUCAAACAACGUAGCGAAGUUCUUGCUUUCUAUGAGCUCGAACAAGAAUUUCAGGGUCAACCUGGAGGACGAGGCCGUUCGUGGCUGCCUUGUGCUUCAGAACGGCUACCUCAUGUGGCCGGCUCCUCCCCUACAACCGAGUGCAAAGGCGGCCACAAGCAGCAAGCCAACCACGCCUCAGCCGGUUGCCUCCCCAAAGUCAGAAUCGAACAAAGCAGAGCAGGAAGCUUGGAGCCGAUCGAUUUCUGUUUCACUCUUUGCUGCCACCCUCUUUGGCGUCAGCCUUCUUGUUGGAAGCUACCUUGACAUCCCCGUCACCAUCUUUGUUCUCUCUUGUCUGGCUGGUUCUCAAGUAGUUUAUGGGGUGACUCCCUCGCUGCAUUCUCCGCUCAUGUCAGUUACCAACGCUAUCAGUGGCAUGACAGCUGUCGGAGGGCUUGUCUGCAUGGGAGGUGGCUUGUUUCCACAGAACGCGGCGCAGGUUCUAGCAGCUGCUGCAGUGUUUGUUUCAAUGAUCAACAUCGGAGGAGGUUUCGUCAUGACAAAUAGAAUGCUCGGCAUGUUCAAACAAGAAGGCUCUGCCUCGUACAACCGGAACAUCUACCUUCUGCCUGCCGUCGUCAUCUCUGCUGUUUAUGCAUCUACGGGAUGCAGUAGCAGCCUCUGUGGAAUGUUGCAAUUGAUUGGUGCCGUGCUUUGCAUUCUUGCCAUCGGUGGUCUUUCAACUCAGGCGACUGCGAGGUACGGAAACACAAUGGGAAUCCUCGGAGUCUCCAGCGGACUGGUUGCAACUCUAACGACUCAAGAUUUCUCUUCAGCUGUUUUUAAACAAGCCUCGGUCAUCAUGGGAGCAGGAGUUGCUGUUGGGGCUUCGAUCGCGAGCAAGGUCGGUGUCACGGAACUCCCGCAGCUUGUUGCUGCAUUUCAUUCUCUUGUCGGAGUGGCAGCGGUCGCCACCGCCAUCGCCUCCAUGCUUCUCGCCCCUGCUCACACUGCCGCUCUCGCGUCUACUGGUGCCCUGAUCCACGAGGCAUCCUCUUACGUCGCUGCUGUCAUCGGAGCCAUCACAGUGACUGGCAGCAUCGUUGCCUUUGGUAAGCUUCAGGGUCUCAUUUCGGGGAAACCUUUCAUCCUUCCUGGGAAACGUGUUGUCAACGUUGCAAUGAUUGGAGCACUGAUUGCCUGCUUCCGUUUCUUCAUGGUUUCUUCAGCUCUCUCCUGGUUGUAUCUUGCCAGCGCUGUUGCUGGACUUCUCGGCUUCGUUGUGGCUGCUGGGGUAGGAGGAGGGGACAUGCCGGUAGUUAUCACCCUCCUGAACUCAGCUAGCGGGUGGGCGCUAUGCGCUGAGGGUUUUGUCCUAAACAACAACCUCCUCACUGUCGUCGGAGCUCUCAUCGGCUCCUCCGGUGCGAUCCUCUCAGACAUCAUGUGCAAGGCGAUGAACAAGGGCCUCAUGAAUACCAUCGGGCUCCUCACCCCCCCCCGGCGCAGAAGAAGUCCAAGGCUUCUUCCGGUGAUGACGCUCCCAAAGUCGCAGCUCAGGUGGAUGUUGCCGAAGAUCUGUAUCGUUCCCGGCUAUGGCCUCGCGGUGUCCAAGGGACAAUAUCCCCUUGCAGAGGUUGUCAAGAUGUUGUCAAGCGCAGGCAAGAAGGUGUUCCUUGCCAUCCACCCGGUAGCAGGAAGGAUGCCGGGCCAGCUCAACGUGCUUUUGGCGGAGGCAGGAAUCCCUUAUGACAUCGUUAAAGAGAUGGAGGAGAUCAACGAAGAGUGGGAUGAUGUCGAUGUCACCCUCGUGAUCGGAGCAAACGACACGGUGAACAGUGCGGCAGAAGACGACGCAGACUGCGAGAUCGCUGGAAUGCCUGUCAUCAGAGUUUGGCUCUCAAAGUCUGUCAUCUUCUUCAAGAGGAGUCUUGCUGCCGGUUAUGCGGGACUUGAGAACCCUGUCUUCUACAAGGACAACACAGAGAUGCUUCUAGGCGACGCCAAGGUGGUGUUGGAGGAGUUGAGAGACUCGCUCAAGCAGGCUGUCAACUAG